CUCCUUAAGCAAAUAAACCUAUUUUAGAACUGUAAGCCUGUUAUUCUUGAGAACACACAAGACUAAAAUUUGAUUCAUUUUUUUGUUGGAGGCUUUGUUUAGUGGCUCCUAAUGACAGAUUCGAGUACAAAAUACUUGAUGUAGGAGAAACAGAAAGCUGCUCAGGGCUAAGGAGGUGAAGCUAGAAGAAAGAAAAUGAAUUGGGCAAAGGAAAUGGAGCAAUCUGGCCUGGCAAAGGGAAGAGCAAGCUGCAAAUAGAAUUGUUCGGCAGGGCUUGGAGCUGGCACCUGUGAGGCCCGUUGCCUGGGCCACAAUAAGCUACUAACACACUCCCUGAGAGGUUUGGCUGGCUUGGAAAAGUGCAAGCGGGCCACACUGCCCACUGCUCCAGAGCCCCUGCAGCAGCAGCAGCAGCCACCUCCAGGCCACCACUUUGAGGGGCUGGGCAGACUGGGCGUAGUUGGCCUCAGGAGUCUUUCCAGCCUUCCUCAGUGACUGGCACAUUUCUGGGAAACAGAUGAGCAGCAGAUCUUAACGCCCAAGCACAAACUCAGGUCAAGAAUUCUGUCCUGGGCGUUCAGGGUCUGAGGACCAAGGUGGAGAAGCUGUAGUCAUCAAGCACCAAGGCUGGAAAAGCACUGGUCUAGGAUCUGGCUCACAGGGUCAAAGGUUUGGAAGAUGACACGCAACACGCCUUUUUCUCUGGCGACAGACUUGCGGGUGGAAAAAGUAUGACGCAACUGUGAGGUUUGUGUCUGCUUCCCCAAGGUCAAGAAAUUAUCUUCUUAGCCGGCAAAAGUACUAUGCAUGUUAUGAAUUGUGUCUCCUCUGUCAGUGAUAAAGAAAAUGGGACUCUGGCCGCGGCAGCUGGAUUCAUGAUUGGGCAAACGCCACCCCCGCCUCCUCCUCCACCCCCUCCACCUCCUCCUUGUCCUUAUGCAGGGGAAGGGUUUCCUCCCUCUCCUCCUCCCCCCCCACCUCCCCUGCCCGAGGGGCCCGCGGUCCCACCUCCCCCUCCAGGACUGCCCUCAACUUCUCACGUGAACGGCUACAACCACGUUGGUCAGAAAAAGCGAAUGAGAAGCUUUUUUUGGAAAACCAUUCCAGAGGAGCAAGUUCGCGGCAAAACCAACAUCUGGACCUUGGCAGCCAGGCAGCAGCAUCGCUAUCAGAUCGACACAAAGACCAUUGAGGAGCUCUUUGGGCAGCAAGAAGAUACCACCAAGCCUUCGCUUUCCAGGAGAGGAGGAACUUUAAAUUCAUCCUUCCGGGAAGCGAGAGAGGAGAUUACUGUCUUGGAUGCAAAACGGAGCAUGAACAUUGGGAUAUUUCUUAAGCAAUUUAAGAAGUCUCCUCAGUCCAUUGUAGAAGAUAUUCAUCAAGGAAAGACUGAGCAUUAUGGAUCAGAGACAUUGCGAGAAUUUCUUAAGCUUUUGCCCGAGUCAGAGGAGAUAAAGAGAUUAAAAACAUUUAGUGGAGAUGUGUGCAAGCUGUCUCUGGCGGAAUCCUUUCUGCACUACUUAAUUCAGGUGCCAAACUAUUCGCUUCGGAUUGAAGCCAUGGUGCUAAAGAAGGAGUUUUUACCUUCUUGUUCUUCUCUGUACACAGACAUAACAAUUCUAAGAACAGCAACAAAAGAGCUGAUGUCGUGUGAGGAGCUACAUUCAAUAUUACACUUGGUGCUACAGGCGGGAAAUAUCAUGAAUGCAGGAAGGUAUGCUGGCAAUGCAGUAGGAUUUAAACUGUCUUCUUUGCUCAAAUUGGCAGACACAAAAGCAAACAAACCUGGGAUGAACCUUCUGCACUUUGUUGCACAGGAAGCCCAAAAGAAAGAUGCCACUCUUCUAAGCUUUUCUGAAAAAUUGCAUUAUGUUCAGGAGGCUGCUAGAUUAUCUCUGGAUAACAUGGAGGCAGAACUGCACUCGCUGUUUGUCAGGACAAGAUCUCUAAAGGAAAACAUCCAGGGGGAUGGUGAACUUUGUCAGCAGAUGGAAGAUUUCCUUCAGUUUUCUGUGAAAAAGCUGACAGAACUGGAGCACUGGAAACAACAGCUCCAAGAGGAGGCCCACACCCUCAUAGAUUUUUUCUGCGAAGACAAAGAAACCAUGAAACUGGAUGAAUGCCUUCAGAUAUUUAGAGACUUUUGUGUCAGAUUCAACAAAGCGGUUAAGGACAACCACGACCGGGAGAUGCAAGAGCUGAGGCGGCUGCAGAGGCUAAAGGAUUUGGAGCAGAAGCGGCGCUCCUGGGCGGCUGGGGAGCUUGUGGGAUUUGGCCGGAGCAGCAGUGAGAAUGAUGUGGAGUUGCUGACCAAGAAGGGUGCGGAGGACCUGCCCCCUUUUCUGCGCCGCAGGCCUGUCAGCCCUUCCUGCCGACCCCCCAACGCCCGCCGCUCCCGCCUCUCCUUGGGCGCCGCCAGUGACCGGGAGCUGCUGACCUUCCUGGAGAGCUCCACCGGCAACCCGGAGGAACACAAGUUCAACAGCUUGCCCUGGAGCAGCCCGCAGCAGGCCCGGGCCGCAGUGGCCUGGGUGGAGCCUGGAGAGCCAAGUGACCAGGACUCCAACCGCACACACAGAUCUCAGGCCUCGGAUGGCCAGGAGGAAACCCCCGACACACCCUCAGCUUGGCAAGGCCAGCUCGUAGUCCCCCAGCCCGAGGAACCCGCCCCGGUUUUGCUCCGAGCUGGUCGCAGGGGGCUCAGCAGGCUCCAGAAGAGGAACAGCGAGCCUGUGAGCCUGGGGCCCACCUGGUCCCCUCCACUCUCACCAUUGGCUCUGGGGGUUAAGGAGCAUGAGUUGGUGACCGGGCUGGCUCAGUUUGACCUCCAGGGUCCCAAGGGCCCACAGGAGACACCCCAGCUGAUCCUGAACGACUUCCUCCCAGUAGAGCCCGUGUCUCCGGGAGAUGGAAUCCUGCAGCCCCUUGGCGCUGACCCUGACAAUGACAGCCUGACCCCUGUGGUUAGAGGUGCCCAGGGGAGUCUCAGCCCCGCCCCGCAGGGUGAAGGGGCUGCCCCUGAUGAGCCCAGCAGCGAACCUGAGAACAAAGAUCCUGGGCCUGUGUUCUAUGUCUCAGACACCACUGACUGCUCGCUGACCUUGGACUGCUCAGAGGGAACUGACUCCAGGCCUGGCGGUGGGGAGCCAGGGGAGAGCGGUGACGGGGAUGGCUCUGUGUCUGGGGCAGGGGAGAGCGGUGGCAGCCAAGUGUCCUCUAACCCUGUAUCCAGUCCCCCUGGGGAGGCCUCUGCUCCCGCCUCCGAGAAAAGUGGGCCCAGCUGCAAGGGUGGCCUUUCCGAGGACAGACCCGCCAAAGAGAAGGAUGUGAUAGCACCAAAGAGAAACUCCCUCAAAGAAGCAUCCCAGGGGGCCCCCAACAUGGAGACUGUCCCCCGGAGCCAGGGAGCGGCGCCCAAGGCGGUGCGGACCUUGACAUCCUCGGAGAGUGCGAGCAUGCGCAAAGUCGUGCCUAUCUCCAGGGCCAGCAGGGGCUCCACGGGCUCUAAGCAGCCCCCUCGGGAGCCCCCCGGCAGCACAGAUGCACCGUGGUCGCGCCCGCGCCAGGGCUCCAUGAAGGGCACCUCAGACACAUCACCCAAGAGGUCCUCGAAGGGGGCUGGGGCGGUAGCCGCGGUGACCGAGGAGCCGAGGCCGCGAGCGAGGGUCGGCUCCGGCAGCGCACGGCCGGGGAAGGAGACCCCACUGCAGCACAAGGGAUCCGUCAAGAAGCCCAGCGCCAAGCCCCUCAGGAACGUCCCCAGACAGAAAUCCGAGGAAAACAAGAUCUGCCGCUCCAACUCCCAGGGCCCCCAGAGCCCUGAAGAAGAGCCUAAGCCCCCGCCCACCCCCAGUGCCCCCCGUGCCCCACCCCACCUCCCGAGCUUUGCUCGCAACACAGUGGCCUCCUCAUCGCGGUGCAUGAGAACAGAUUUCCCUCCUGUGGCCAAAGCCCCCGGCCUCAUCCGGACAGUGUCCCAGCGGCAGCUGAGAGUGAAGGGCGGCCCUGACGAUGCCCCCAAGGACAGCACCCUACGGCGGGCUGUGAGCGCCCGGACCCCCAAAAGGUGUCCCGAGUCUCCUGAGGGUCCCAGUGCCAACACAGGCAGAGGGACUGCCGAAAGGGCCUCCCUCAGACUGAAAGACUCCAGUCGGACCACGCUGGGGAAAAUCCUUAAUCCCUUGUGGAAGUGAUGUGCCUGUGCUCUCUCAUCUCCUGCGGCUGUCAUGAGGCCAGCGCCGAAUGUUUGUUCCACGUCAAGCUCCUGUCACUGAAGGCACAGUCCGGGAGGCCUGUGGACUGCCACCUGCUGUGCUGACUCCCGUCAAGUCCCCAUUCACCCCAAUGUUGGGCCGGCACCCCCCACAUACACCCCGGAGGUGUGUGCGAGCAAACCCUCUCCUUCAAAAUAAAGACCCGGCCGUGUAAGGUGCCCUUCUUAUGUAAUGAGUGAAAAAAUGAAUUUGGGCAGGUUUUUGUACAUCAAAGCCUUAUUUUUUUAAUAUAAAAAUUCCAUGUUGUUUUAGUUGGUUCCUUUCGCAGAGUGAAUGCCUCCGAAAAAAAAGACAGAAGAAACACCCCUUCAUUUGAAGAUCUUUUUAUUUUCCUGCAUUCCCUGGCCUCGGGGUUCCACCUGUCCGCACACCAUCCAUUGCUGGCAACUGGGCUGCUCUACAUGCCCUCGGUGUUCUGUGGUUGGCACUGCGUCCUUGAAGACUUUCUGCCUUGCUCACCUCUCCCUGCAUGACUUUGGGUGAGGUUUUGCAUGUGAGCAGGAGGGAAGGCGAAACUGAUGGACAGAAGUGGGUGCUCCUGUGUGUGCCGGGCAGGUACAUGGGCAGAGGGAUGCGCUCCUGGGGGGGCGGGGAAGGGGCCAUGGCUGUGGGGCGAGCCUCCCUGCAAACAGGUGGCAGCCCCUGAGAGAAUGCCGGAUCAUCCAGAAUGUAGCAGUGCCGUAUUCUGAUGGAAAGGCAUCUGGGACUGUUCAGCUGAACACACCUUUCCCUGCCAUGUUUUCCCAUUUGCAUAUUUGUUGUAAAACUGAGUGAAGCUGCUAUGACUUGUGUUCGCUCUGGUUACAGGGAAGAAUAAACCCUACUGUUUCCCAGUCUUUCUUUCCCCUCUUCUCUCUUUGCCUGCUUCCAGCCCCUCCUCCUUUUCUAAUGUGACCUGGAGCCUGUAGUAUCUCUAUCUCUAUCUCUAUCUCUAUCAACAGUGAUACUUUCAAGUGUUGACGUCUGUUCUUUGGUACAGUGGUUUUGAAAUCCUGAGAAAUCCUGACAAAAACUAAAUCAAGUUUUUAAACACCAACCAAAAAAAAUGAAAUUACUUUUAGAAAAAUUUAUGCCAUCAAGAAAAAUUUGAUAAAAGAAAAAAAAAAGGUUUCAUUCAAAAGAAAGGGGGAAACAUGGACUUUUUCUACCCAGUGUUCCCUUUACUACUUUCCUCUUGGACUAAUGGGGAAAUGGGGGGAUUCUUGAAGCUCUUUUGUUGUUGUUGUUGUUUUUUUAAAUGCCCCUUUCUUUCACUUUUGGUCACUUAUUAGUGAAACCUCAUUUCAGAUCCAACAGUGGUAGAUGGAUUUGGCAAAUAGGAUGUAUUACAGUCUUCCUCCUGUACAGUGUUGCCUUGCAUCCAAAUUAACUGGAAAUUCAAUUUUCACAAGUCAGCUAUUAUGAAAGGGUAAAUUUGAUGGCUGAAGAAGUGAGGCACCUGACUACAAAACCUCUUGUAAAAAUAGCCCCGAGUAGAUAUUACCAGGUUGAUGGGAAUCCUGAACCGUUUUUCACCAUUUCAAAAAGCCUAAGAAAUCAUCUGUUUAACCUUUCAGACAACAACGUUCAAAACAUAGGUCCCAUGGGUAGGUGGGAAAUGGAUGAAAGAGGUCAAAAGCUUGUGCAUUUGUGGAGUGACAGGGUUGGGACCCCUAGGCGGGACCCUAGGAACCAGAGUCCCUGCUGAUGCCAUGUAACAGGCAAGUCACUCACUCCCUGUCCCUAAGCCUCUGUUCCCCAGUCUGUAGAAGUGGAGGCGUGGCUUCGAUGGUGGUCGCCAAGGGUCCUUCUAACUCCAAGAGUCUGAAUCAUCACAAACAGCCAAGGACCCAUCUCGGCCCUGGGACCAGCUCCUCAGAACCCACUCCCAGCAUCUCUACAGCAGAGACCUCACAUAAGGGCCUGCUCAGAAGAAAGCACCUCCAGAAUGAGUCGUUGCUUUGAAACCUAAUAAGCUGAGUUUCCUGAGAAGUGGUAUUUUAGUUACUUAGCCCUCUGGACAACUUCUGCGUUCGCAUCUGUGUGAGCAGGUGAUCAUUCUAUUACCUUUUAUCGGUAGUAAGCUUGGAAAAAAUAAUUUAAGUAUAUAAUGGAGAAAUGUAAAUAAGUUUCUAUAUAAAAUUGUUUCAGAUGAACAAUGUAUUUAA